GUUAUUUUCUCCUUGGUUACUUUACACGCUAUAAAUAUUCAAUAUCCCUUUGUCGUAUAUAUUAUAUAAAAUUAAUAAGAUUUGCUAUAAACUUGAGUUCAUGCAUGGAAAAGAAGGGCCCCUUCAAAUUUAGCGUCCCAAGGGUCCUGUGCCUACUUCUCCCAUGGCUAGAGCCGGCCUUGGAUUCGUGGUCGAAUUCGUUAGCCUUACCAAAAGGCCUUGCAAAAAGUUUCGAGCGCAUGCAACAUGUAGUAACUAGGAAACUACAUAGGUGCAGUUUCGAGGCUUUCGAGGCUGCCGUAUCCUAGGUUAUGUUGUGUUUAUAUUGCCGCCCAUGCAUAAAGAUUCUUAGUCGUUUCGUUACGUCGCAGACAUCUCUCUCAGGAGAGUCUUUAGUACGGAUACCGUGCUACGAAAUAUGAGAAAGCAUACGAGUAGUUCGUGCAUCGUAGACCAAUUAGAAUACCGUUUGACGAUACUUUCCUGCUACGUUCUGUUGCACUAAUUCGAUAUACGGGCCAAGGUACCAUAAGACAGGGUAAUGAACGUGGGACUAUCCCCAUACGAUGGUCUGGAGAAAGAGACAGCAUCCAAUAAUACACUGGAAAAUGGAGCUGGUGCUACUAAGAAACUGGCAAGAGGUAUAUCCCGGGCAACCGAAAAUGCAGCAAUUGUGUCUUAUGCUCGCUCUCAAUUAGCUACCAUAGGAUCUCUAGACACCCCAGAGUUCACAUUUUCCCUUCCUGACUUAACUGUGUACCCAGAUUCAUUUCGUCAGUUUUUGGAGAAAGAUUUGAUAGAAGGAGGAUGUUUAACUUCUCUAGAAGCUGCUGGUCGUCUAAACUGGUGGUGCGGGGGCAAAAAUGGAAAUAACAGAGUUUUGUGGCCUUUAGCAACAUCAGGAGAUGGCAACUGCCUUUUACACGCAGCCUCUCUUGGCAUGUGGGGCUUUCACGACAGACUUCUUACAUUAAGAGAAGCAUUGCAUAAUACUUUAGCCAAAGGAGAGUACAGACAUGCUUUGUUUAGAAGAUGGAAAUGGCGACAAAUGGGUUUGAAUGCAGCUGCGGGUUUAUCUUAUACAGAAGCAGAAUGGUUAACUGAAUGGCAAACUAUCGUAGAUAUGGCUUCUCCUAUUUUUAGAAAUCAAACUGCUACUUCUUAUCAGAGUCUUGAAGAAGUACACGUAUUAGCUUUGGCUCAUGCUUUAAAGAGGCCUAUAUUAGUUAUAGCCGAAACUAUGCUAAAAGAUGCAGAAGGUGUAGCUUUAGCGCCAAUUCCGUUUGGCGGAGUGUAUCUACCAUUAGAAGUACCUUCAUCUCGCUGUCACAGAACCCCGUUAAUUUUAGCGUACCAUUCGGCACAUUUUUCACCUCUUGUCAUUGUUGACGGAGCGAGCGAUUUUGGAGACAGUUGUAGCGAAGGUGUUAGCAUACCUCUGGUCGACCCAGAUACAGGUCAAUUAUUACCAGUUUUAUUCGCGGUAGAUCCUGGACCUGAUUGGGAUUGGCAGAAAGGUUCUCGAGACUUGUUACCUUGUUAUCAAGAUACGAUGGAAAUUUUAUUGCGAGAUUAUUUGGACUGUGAGUAUCAAAACUUUACAUCGGAAGAAAUUGAGAGACUAUCCGAUACCGACGGUUCACUGUCUAAAACAGCGAAGCAAUUAUUGGGUGUCGCAAAACAAUUUGGAUCGAUCGGAAAAUCCGUUAGCAAAAGACUGUGGUCCAUGGCAAAGAGACCAAAAAGCCCGCCAGCUACGGCGGGCGGACUUUCUACAGAAGGUCUAUUAUGCGUAAGAAUCAGAAGUAGACGCCAUCAGUAUGUGGAUCAGAUGCUUCAAAAUUAUCUUCAAUGUGCUCACGCAAGGUACCUGCAGGAUCAUAAAGUUGACGAGGCUGGUAGUGAAAUGAAUUAUGGCGCUGGCAAAUCCAAAUUUUAUGCUGCUAGCGAUGGAGGAAGUCAUGCGAGUGUUAGCAAAUUGUUACCCAUCAAUCAAAAUAAAGAUCGUACACUUUAUCUUUCGAGGUCUACCUUUUACAAUGACCAAGCGACGUCUGAUAAACCGGGGCCAGAACAAUGGAAUAAUAGCAGCGGUCUUGAGACUAUAGGUAAAUGUCGCAACGAACAAUGCCGUUUCUAUGGUUCGGCAGAAAAUGAUUACUACUGUUCACAGUGUUGGGCCAAUCGACGUUACCGCUGAGGUAUUAUCCGCAGUGGCAUAUGACAAUAAUGAUUCUUUGCUAUUGUUCGUAUUGAAUUAUCUAUAAUUCGAUUUAGAGGUAAUACUAGCCAUUUUACAGUGAAGCUUAAGAAAAGUAAUCGACCCGCCAGAUUUUCUUCCUCUUGCAAUAUCGAUUCAUGCUGUAUCAUUACUUUUAUUUUAAUUUUUUUUUUUUAUAUAUAUAUUUAUGGCAUUCUCAUCUCUUUCAAAAGCAUAUCAAACGUACAGGGUUCAACUCUUUUUUCGACGUACCUAUACGCGUACCUUACAUGCACACGUACACAUACACAAUAAAUGCCUCUCACGCGUAACCUAUAAAUCAAUCGUUCCAAAGAAUAGAUUAUAUUUUCAAAUAACGGUAAACAAGUAUUUUUAGGACGGACAAAUAAUACAUGACUUCUUUGUACGUGCCUUCUAUCGCGCAUAAUACGAAAAUGAAAGAAUACAGAAACACAAUGAUAAUACUCGCUCUUGAAUGCUGCAAUGGGAAAUUCGUUUUCCUUAACAAAUACCAUUACCGCUUCUAAUAUAAUGCUUUGUACGAAUUGAUCGUGUUUCACUCGUUCAUUGUUUUGUCGAGUGAGAUUAUAUAGACAAACGCAACCGGGAUAUUAGAAUGAUAUCUAAAUUAUUCAUUGUACUUAAUCUCGUUGCCUGUUGACAAUUACUGUUAAUGUAAAACUGUGUGAAAAAUAAAACAUAUUUUUAUA